GGUGGGCUGUGUGCCCCGCCGGGAACUCAGCGGGGCCCGUGCCCGCGGCGGUGCCAGCUCUGCGCUCUCCGCUCCGGGUUCCCGAGAGACAGUGGGCAGUGCUGGCGAGGGGCUCUGAUCCUGCUCAGAGGAGCGAAGGCCGACCGAGGGCGCCCAGGCACGGAAGAGGGUUGGUCUUCAGCAGAAAAGAAAUAAAACCUGCCCAAGUGACUUGAUCCUGGGGUGCCUUUUCUUAAGAACGCCACCAGAGCGCGGGAGCCCCUUUCUAAGGUCCUGCCCGGUUUCUACAAUCUCUGGCCGGUGGAGGUAGCGGUGUGGGUCUGCUCCUUUGGGGGCCUGGUCUGGGAUUCCCUUUCCAAACCUGUCCCAGACAUAUUCAUCGCAGCCUGCUGGACUCAGUGGCGCACUGCCUGGGCGUCGUGGAGCCUAGGAGCCAGGGGACAUCCACUUUCAGAGCUCCAGGGGUUUUAAGAGAGGCCAUCUCCAGGCAAGGGCGUUUGGAGAGCUGCCUUAUAACCAGGGAGUUGGAGGACUGAGGCAUUAUUUUCAGCUGUGUCUCAGAAGCAGAGAACUCCUUGGUACCACCCAAGACAGGCAAUGGCUCAGAAAUGUGACUGCAGUUAACAAGGCAGAGGCCCCGAGACUCUAGAAUAAUGAGGUAGAAUGUACUUUAAAUGCCAGUGCUUUGCUUGAGGCAUCCUAGGGGACAUCUGGCACCUGUGACGGGGAGAAAGCAAGCAAGAAGACAGCUGUGGAAAGCAAGAGGAUCCCAUGACCAGCAUGACUGGGCUUGCCACAGGGAAGCUCUUGAUGGCUCGCUGGUGGCCUUGGCCUGGGGCAGCAAGAGGAGCUGUUCAAGAGGCUAGGCGGUGAGUGAGGACCCCGGGGGAAGUCUAGCCAACCCUUCACCCUGCUUGGGAACUUGCCAGAACCCUGGUGUACUUUCCUUCUGGAAGAUGGCCCUGAACACUUCCACCAUGGAUGGGGCUGGGUUGGUGGUGGAGAGGGACUUCUCCUUCCGGAUGCUCACGGCCUGCUUCCUGUCGCUGCUCAUUCUGACCACUCUCCUGGGGAACACUCUGGUCUGUGCUGCUGUCAUCAGGUUCCGACACCUGCGGUCCAAGGUGACCAACUUCUUUGUCAUCUCCUUAGCUGUGUCAGAUCUUUUGGUAGCUGUCUUGGUCAUGCCCUGGAAAGCUGUGGCAGAAAUUGCUGGCUUCUGGCCCUUUGGGUCUUUCUGUAACAUCUGGGUCGCCUUUGACAUCAUGUGCUCCACCGCGUCCAUCCUCAACCUCUGUGUGAUCAGCGUGGACAGGUAUUGGGCAAUCUCCAGCCCUUUCCAGUAUGAGAGGAAGAUGACCCCCAAGACAGCCUUCAUUCUGAUCAGCAUAGCGUGGACAUUGUCUGUUCUCAUCUCCUUCAUCCCCGUACAGCUCAGCUGGCAUAAGGCAAAACCCACAGAGCUCUUUGAUGGCAAUGUCACUUUCCUGGAAGAGACGGAGGACAACUGUGACACCAGGUUGAGCAGGACAUAUGCCAUUUCAUCCUCUCUCAUCAGUUUUUACAUCCCGGUGGCCAUCAUGAUCGUCACCUACACCAGUAUCUACAGGAUCGCCCAGAAACAGAUCCGGCGCAUCUCAGCCUUGGAGAGGGCAGCCGUCCACGCCAAGAAUUGCCAGGGCAAUGGAAACCCCGUGGAAUGCUCUCAGUCAGAGAGUUCCUUCAAGAUGUCCUUCAAAAGAGAAACGAAAGUGCUGAAGACUCUGUCGGUGAUCAUGGGGGUGUUCGUGUGCUGCUGGCUCCCGUUCUUCAUCUCAAACUGCAUGGUACCUUUCUGUGGGCCCGAGGAGACCCAGCAGUUCUGCAUUGAUUCCAUAACCUUUGAUGUGUUUGUGUGGUUUGGCUGGGCGAAUUCCUCCUUAAACCCCAUCAUUUAUGCUUUCAAUGCUGAUUUUCAGAAGGCAUUUUCAACCCUCUUAGGGUGCUACAGACUUUGCCCUACUGCUAAUAAUGCCAUAGAGACCGUCAGCAUCAACAACAACGGGGCUGUGGUAUUUUCCAGCCACCAUGAGCCACGGGGCUCCAUCUCCAAGGACAGCAAUUUGGUUUACCUGAUCCCUCAUGCUGUGGGCUCAGAGGAUAUGAAAAAGGAGGAGGCAGGUGGAGUAGCCAAACCACCGGAGAAGCUGUCCCCUGCCCUGUCGGUCAUCUUGGACUAUGACACUGAUGUCUCUCUGGAGAAGAUACAGCCCAUCACAUACAACGGGCAGCACCCAACUUGAACUGCUGGCAGAAUCCAGCCACGGAGGCUUCCUUAGGGCUUGCCGUUAAGAACCAGGUUCGGUGAGACUGUGAGAUGUCAUGAGAUCCUUUCUGCUGCUUUUGGACAACUACGUGGUAUAGUUUCACAUGCACAUCCAGUGUGUUUUCUGUGUUAUCCAUAGUCAAACAGGGGCACGUGGAGAGCCACAGGGGAUAUGCCUUUGGCUCCAAAAUCAUUUUUGAAACUCAUUAUCUUAGGACUUAAAAAAAAUAGGGCAAAGAUCCUACAGUGAACAUCUUCACUUGAAGGAGGUGAGAGGGUUGAGUUUGCUGUAUACAAACAGGUGCUCAAACUGCCCCAGGCAGUUUUCAGGUUGUAAAGGUAGGUGCAUGCCUUUAUAAACUAUUUCUAAGAACAUAACUGAGCCUUACGGUUGGAGUGGGGAGUUUUCUUUUCCCUUUCUUUCUUUCUUUUUUGCAUUUGACAGAUGCUUGUUGAUAAUGCUUUUAUUUAUUUAUUUAUUGUAUCAUAUGGAUAUUUUAAAUUUAUCAUAGUAAAACUAUAUUUAUCAUAUUUAAUAAGACAAACUAAUGUAUUGGAGACUGUCCAUUGAUUUAGCACUUUAUGAGCCAAUGAAACAAACACACGUGAGAUUCUAAGUGGUCACCACGAAUAACCUUUAGAACACAGCAAAGACUGAUGGGAAGUGAAACUGUGACCAGUUCUCAGCAAACACUGACAGCUGAACACAAGGUGAGAACUGCCAAAUGCUGCGAGUGCUUUUCCUUUUUCUUUUUCCACUAGAGAGAUUUGGAAACACUGAAAAAAAAAAUCAUAGCUACUAUUUGUGUCCUAAAUGACCAAGGCUUUCCCCAGGAGAAUUUGCAGUCUUGUAAAUAUCUUAUAGAAAAGCCAGCUUUUAUAUAAUACGCCUUUACAUGUCUGUUUUUGGUGGCAAGCAAAGCAUAUAUAACACCUUGUAAAAUAAUUGUAAAAUAAUUGACCCCCCUCUGUCAUUUUUCAGUUCAUGCCUCAAAUAACUUUCUGAAACAAAUAAAAUGACUGUCUUAUGACUGUCUUGGAUGGACAAGUGCAGGACAGUGAGUUUUUUUUUUUUUUUUUGGUAAGCUUAUGGUUCACAACAACUCCAUGGGUAGGCACAACUCAAACCCUGUAUUUCCAUCUCCUCUGGUCAAACCAAAUGCACUCAAGGGGGCUAUAUCUGAAUUUACUACCUGUGGUUUAUUUUUUCUUUUAAAGAAAGGUCUUUAAAUGUUAAUGGUGCACUAAUGAAUACUGUCUCCUUGCCUUCACUUACAACACUUCUGUUGGCAGAAGGAGAAGACUCUAUUCUCCUGUGUGUGCCAAGCACUCCAAAACUAUCAGCAGCUCUGUUCACAAAUUCAACUUUUGUUUUCCCCCCUCUGUGCUUGGGAAUCUUGUAUCCAUGUUAGACCCUGGACUGCAAAAAGUACCAUCAGCUUCCCUUAUGUGGGCACAGUAAC